AUGAGUUACUAUGAAGCAAUGUUCAAAUUAUAUGCACAACCCUGCAAUUUGGAUUUCUUAGCAUCUCUGAGAGGUAGAGUUACAACAGAGAUGAAUGAGGAGCUUACCAAAGCCUUUACUGAUGUUGAAUUGGAGGAAUGUAUCUUUAGCAGCUCAACAUCAACUGUUUUCUUCUUGGGCAUUCAACAAUACCAGAACUAUGACAAAUACUUAAGCCUUCCACCUAUGAUUGGGAAAGAUAAAAAGAGGGCUUUUUCAGAUAUAAAGCACAAAUUCUGGUCAAAGCUUCAGCAAUGGAAGGGUAAACUUUUAUCCCAAGGGGGAAAAGAAACUCUGAUUAAGGCAGUUGCACUAGCAAUUCCUACUUAUGCUAUGUCCUGCUUCAAGUUACCUCUUACCCUUUGCAAUGAACUAGAACAAAUGAUGGCCAAAUUCUGGUGGAGAUGGAGAAUUGGGAAUGGGAUGACAGUAAGAAUAUGGGAAGAUUAUUGGAUCCCUGGUUUCAAUAAUCUGCAACAAUUAGGAGGUACAGGUAGAGCUAAUGACCAGGGAGUUGAGGAACUAAUUGACCUUUCUACUGGCUGGUGGGAUGUGCAAAAAGUAAGAAGAAUGUUGCCUCACGAUCCUGCAGAUGCAGUCCUAAAAAUCAUCCUAAGUGCAACUAAUCAUGAGGACAAGUUAAUAUGGGACAAGGAAAGGAAUGGUUGCUUUAGUGUGAGAAGUGCAUACAAAUGUUUCAGAAAUCAAGCUAUAGCAACAUCAGAGGGUGAAAGCUCCCUCAAUAGUACGAAUAAGAAACUAUGGAAACAAAUUUGGAGAAUGAAGCUUGGGCAUGCUGGUAUAGAAGGAAUCAAUGUAUUUUUGAAGAGAAACAACUCACCCUUGAGGAAGCCAUCAGCUCAACUCUCUUUGCAUUGGACUUACAAAGCUACUAAAGCCCUUGACAUCAGCAGAGCAAGGAGAAUCUCCCAAUGGCAACCUCCUCCACAAGGUUCAAUAAAACUCAAUGUAGAUGGGGCUGUGUUUCAUGCUGAAAGUAAAGCCAAAGUUGGACUCAUUGCUCGAGAUUGGGAAGGCAAAGUGUUAAUGGCAGUAAGCCAAAAAGAAGAGGCUGUUAUGGAGCCUCUAGAGAUUGAACUUCUAGCAUUACUAAGAGGUCUGCAAUUCAGCAUUCCCCUUGGCCUCCAGUCUUUGUGCAUAGAAACCGACUCUUUGCUGCUGGUCAAAGCUCUACCUUCGAAUGCCAGUUAUGGUAAUGUAAUAACGGAUAUCCAAGAGCUCAAGUGUAGAUUUCUAAACUGUUCCAUUAAUCAUAUCAAUAGAGAAGCAAAUCAGGCUGCUCACAAACUAGCUAGAUUUUCCAGAAAUGUUUCAAACACUACUGUAUGGUGGGAAUCUGUUCCCAACUGUGUUCAACCAGUCCUAUGGACUGAUUUUCAUUUGUAA